AUGCAGGGAGCAAAACCAGUGGGAUGCAUUGCCUAUCCAGCACUUCAAAUAAUGGUCGGCAUCCUCACGAUUGCUGUCAUUCUAAUGAUUGUGUGUGAAGAGACACCUGCACAGCAAUCACCAUCUUCUCUCUACAACGCCCUGAAGGACCUUGGCAAUUUUGUGAAGAACCUAAGCAGGAUAGAAGCAGGAGUAAGAAGCGCUUGGGUGCGAGACUUCUACUCAAGACAAGCAUUAGAAAGAAUUACGAAUUUGCGAUCCGCGUGGAAUGCUUCCAAUUUUUUCGUACUUUACGAUGUCAUCGUUCCCGAAGUGCAAUGUCCUAACCUGGUCAGAGUUGGAUCAGUGGUGGAUGGCGGCAAAUACGUAUGUAAUCCGCAAGCUAUCGAUACUACAAUGUGCAGAAUAUAUUCGCUUGGGCUUGAUGAUGAAAUAUCGUUUGAUGUGCAGAUACAGAACAUAACAGGCAAUACCUGCAAGAUCUAUGGAUAUGAUCAGCAAGAGCAAUCAAAAGGAACAAAGGAUGCAUAUUCACGUAUGAAUGGAAAACUUAAAGCAGUCCUUAUCAGCAACGAAAAAGGAAAUAGAAUUCAAGAUUUCUUUGACGAGAAUGGAGAUAAAUUCACUGAUAUUUUGAAAAUUGACAUAGAAGGUGCUGAACACAACGUAUUGAUACCGUUCCUUUCUAAUAAAAAGUACAAAGUUUGUCAGAUAUUGAUUGAGAUACACGGUCAGGCCGAUGCGCAACUUCACCUUCUUGUUUUAAUAGCUAAGCAAGGAUAUGCACUUUUUUCUUACGAAAUUAACGGUGGCGCGAUGAGUGCAUGCGAAUACGGCUUUAUUCAUAUGUCUUGCCUGAAGCAAUAUGAAGCUGUUGAACUAAAAAGAUAUCUCCCAUCGGUUAAGUAACUUCUAAUACAGUGAAGAGAUAAAGAUUGUGCGAU